UCUAUCGAAAUUUCAUAUUUCAUUACUGUGUUAUUUAUUUUCACAAAAUCCAUGCAGCUCUAUUUUACACUGUAGAUUAGUAUUAAAGUAUUUAAAGUAUUUAAAGUAAAGGAACAUCUCAUCUGACAGAAUCCUGUUUUAUUUUUGUUUGUUUUUUUAAUCUUCGUGCAAAAACACGAGACUUUGCAGCUGUAAUCUGCUCCAUCCUCGUCAGUCAGUUUGACAAAUGCAUCACAGUGUCUGAGGCAGAAAUCAUCACAUCUGAACCUGGAGAAAAAAAAACAGCAACAAAACCCCGAAAAACCAAGUCUUAAAAGCUUUAAUCUCCACCCGUGUGGGCCGCAGAGAACACUGAAACAAGCGCUGUGUUUGUUGGACGCUGACAGGUUGAUGGACGGAUACAGGAAAUGUAUUUCAUGCACAGCAUGUGACAGUUAUCGCUUCCUCCAUAAGUGCUAUGCUAACUCACUCAGCCACCAUCAUAACCCCCCCACGUCAGUCACAUGACCUCUGCCUGUGUGACCUCACUUCCCUCCGUGACCAACGGUUCUGAACUCCUUGAAGCUUCAUUUUUGUUUCAAAAACUAAACAAAAAUAAAUAUUCUUACAAAUAUUACCUUUAAUAAUAUAUAUAUAUAUAUGUAAGAUUUUCUUUGUAUUAUAGAUUCAUGUAAAUACAGAAACAUAUCUGUCAUGACUCUGAGCUUCAUACUAUCAAUCUGAAGGUUUAUGAAACAGAAAUGAUGGCGUGCUCUCCGUGCGGGCAGUGAACACCUCACAUCGAGUCUUUCAUCGUGUCGUUGUUUGUUGUCGUCUCACCUCCUGAUUCGUUCAUUUGUUUCCUCCAGAUGUUCGUCGAUAACUUCCAGACGGCCAAAGAAGCUCUGAGCGCCGCCACGGCUCAGGCGGCGGAGAAGGCGGCGUCCAGCGUCCGGGGCUUCGCCCAGAAGAGCUUCCGUCUGUCCACGGACAUCAAGCUGAAGGCCCCACUCAUCAUCAUCCCCGAGUCCUCCACUUCCCAGAAUGCCGUGGUGGUGGACCUGGGUCUGAUCACGGUGGGGAACAGCUUCUCCCUGCUGCCCGCCGAGGGUUUCUCUCUGCCGGUGGUGGUGGAGAAGAUGGACGUCAAGCUGACUCAGCUGAAGCUCUCCAGAACCACGCUGAGACAAGACGCUUCUCACCACGACAUCGAGAUCCUCCAGCCACUCAACCUGGAGCUGCUCGUCACCAGGAACCUGGCUGCUUCCUGGUUCACCGAGAUCCCCGGAGUCCAGGUCCAGGGAGUCCUCCGGUCCCUCAACAUGAGUCUGGGACAAGAAGACCUCGGUGUGCUGAUGAAGAUCCUGGUGGAGAACAUCGGGGAGGGGAGUAAAGAGCACAGCAUGGACCUGAAGAGACAGGUGGCUCAAGAGAAGGCAGAUCUUGCUGAGCAGCAGGUGGAGGUGGUGUCAUCGUCACAGACGGGAUCUGACGGUGUGCCGGCCGCCACCAACGGAGGCAUGAAUGAAAACACCGUCAACGUUCUUCUGAACUUUGAAAUCAAAGAGGUAUUGCUGACCCUGAAGAAGCCCAGAGAGCAGGAGGAGUCACCUUUCCUGGUGUUUCACGUCGCUCACCUGGGCAUCAACACCAAAGUCAGGAAGUACGACAUGUGCGCCACAACGUUUAUUGACAAGAUCACCAUGAAGUGUCUGGAGUUCAAAGACUCCAGUGGUGAGCCGCUGUGUCUCAUCAGCUCCUCUGUGGAGUCUGGAGCUGAGCUGCUCAAAGUGCAGUAUUUCAAGGCUGACCGCUCGGGGCCGAACUUCUCCUCAGUCUACAAAAACACAGAGCAGAUGAUCACCGUGACUUUCACCUCUCUCGACCUCAUGCUCCACACUGAGGCUCUGCUGUCGGCCAUCAACUUCCUGUCGGCGGCGCUGUCGUCUGGCAGCCUGGCGUCUCCAGAGAGAGAGAUCAGACUGAAGACGGAGGACAAGACAGUGUCUGCCAAGUCCACCGCUCCGGUGUCACCUGCCAAAAGUGACAUCAUCGACCUGAAGGUGAUGAUGAUGCUGGGAGCCUUCAACGUUCUUGUGUGCGACCAGAGCUGCAAUAUGGCCGACAUCAAGAUCCAAGGUAUUAAUGGCUCUUUGCUGAUGCAAGGAACACAAACUCAUAUAUCAGCCCGCCUGAGAGAUUUCAUCGUCCUCAACGUUGAUCCCAAAAGCAUCCACAAGAAGGCGAUCUCCAUCGUGGGUGAUGAGGUGUUCAGCUUCACCAUGAGUCUCACUCCUAACGCCACAGAGGGCACCGGUUACGCCGACACCUCCAAAACUGACGGCAGAGUCAAGCUGAACGUGGGCUGCAUCCAGGUGGUUUACCUGCACAAGUUCAUCAUGUCUCUGCUGAAUUUUACCAACAACUUCCAAACAGCUAAAGAAGCUCUGAGCGCCGCAACGGCUCAGGCGGCAGAGAAAGCGGCGUCCAGCGUCCGUGACUUUGCCCAGAAGAGCUUCCGUCUGUCCAUCGACAUCAAGCUGAAAGCUCCGCUCAUCAUCAUCCCCCAGUCCUCCACCUCCCACGAUGCACUUGUGAUGGACCUGGGUCUGAUCACAGUGGGAAACAGCUUCUCUCUGCUGCCCGUUGAUGGAUGCCCGCUGCCGGCUGUCAUCGACAACGUGGACGUCGAGCUGACCCAACUCAAACUCUCCAGGACCUGUAUGGAGCUGGCGUCAGGUCGACCUACCACCGAGCUACUGGAACCAGUGAACCUGCACUUAAAUGUUAAGAGGAACCUGGCAGCUUCCUGGUACAAGAAGAUGGUUGCCGUGGAGAUCGAUGGAGAUCUGAAGCCCAUGAAGGUGGAGCUGAGUCAGGACGACCUGACGGUGCUGCUCAGGAUCCUGAUGGAGAAUCUGGGAGAAGCCGGUAGUUUGGAGCCCACCGCCCCGAGACAGGAGGCUAGUCUGCAGCUCCGAACAGCCGGAGGCCCCAAAACAGGUGAUGUUGGAAAACCGGCUGUAAGCAGUGAGGAAGAGGAGGAGGAAGCUCUGGAGACCAUGAAGUUUAACUUCAACAUUGAGUCUCUUGGUCUUGUUCUGUACAGCAAAGACCCAAAACAGCCAUCAGACCUCCAGCGCCAGCAGAACCUCAGACUGGGCGAGUUCGCCCUCCACCUGCUGAAGACUUCGGGGAAGAUCCUGACCAACGGCAGCAUGGAGGUGACCACCAUCCUCAGCGCCUGCACGCUGGACGACCUGAGGACCGGCAUGCAGAGGGUGACCUCACGGAUGGUCGGUCGGAGAGACGAGGAGAGCCCCGAGGCGAUGAUCGACGUGACGUAUCGACAGAGCGCUGGAGAACGGGAGGUGGUGGCCGUCCUGCAGAAACUUUACCUGUGUGCCAGCGUGGAGUUUCUGAUGGCCGUCGCAGAUUUCUUCUUGCAGGCUCUGCCACAGACUUCGGCUCUGACCGCCGCAUCUGCACCGAGCGACAGACUGCCGCUGAGACAGACUGCUGAGCCACGAGCAGACUCCAAGACUGCCUCGCUGGUCCGGACUCGUCUACGGGCGGUGGUGGUGGACCCGGAGGUGGUGUUCGUGGCGAACCUGAUGAAGGCAGACGCCCCCGCCCUCAUGGCCUCGUUUCAGUGCGACUUCAGCCUGCAGGCCGAGGAGGACGGUACCCAGAACACGAGAGCCAACCUGAGGGAGCUGAAGGUCCUCGCGUGCCGCUUCAUCCGAAACAAGGAGGACAAAGCCGUUACCACCGUGUUGAGACCCUGCUCUGUCGCCUUGGAGACCAAAACCCACCCAAAUCAACCACUGAGCGGCUUUGUGACGGUGGAGGAAGUCAUCGUCAAGAUCUCUCCGUUCAUCCUCAACACGGUGCAGACAAUAACGGCCGCCAUGACGGCCAAGCAGAGUGACGAGCAGAGUCUGGAGUCGAAGGCGGACUUCAGUGACCUCUGGUCGGUCAUGAACGUCUACGGCUGUAACUACUGGUUCCUGGGGGUGGACCAGGCCACCGAGGUCACCGAGAGCUUCAGAGAGCAGGACGGGCUACAAGAGGGCGAGAGCUUUACUGCGGAAGUCAAGGUGGUCCAGGUGACUCUGGAGUCCGGUUUGGGUCAUCGGACUGUCCCUCUGCUGCUGGCCGAGUCCUCCUUCAAUGGAUCGGCCAGAAACUGGUCAUCUCUGCUGCAGCUCAGUGCAGACAUGACCCUGGAGGUGAACUAUUUUAAUGAGGUCCAUGCAGUGUGGGAGCCUCUGAUCGAACGAGUCGACAGCGGCAGACGCAGAUGGAACCUGGAGCUUGAGAUGAAGAACAACCCGGUCCAGGACAAGAGUCCCGUUCACGGAGAUGACUUCGUCAUUCUGCCCGAACCUCGCACGGCCAUCAACAUCUGCUCCAAAGACACCAUGAACAUCACUGUCUCCCAGUGCAGCCUCAACGUCUUCUACAACCUCGCCAAGGCGUUCUCUGAGGCCACAGCCUCCACCUUUGACUACUCUCUGAAGGAGAAGGCGCCCUUCACCAUCAGGAACUCUCUUGGGAUUCCUCUCAUCGUGCAGCACACCGCUAACCUGAGGCCGGUGGGUUCACCGGCACAGGGAAAGCUACACGAGCUGUCGGUGGAUCAGAGCAUGGACCUGGAGCACUCCAGGUUCAAAUCGUCGUCACGUGGCAAACUGUCGGCUCUGCAGCAUCAAGAGAGCUGCCUGUUCAACCUCACCAUCGUUCCCUCCGGAUACAGCGAGAUCUCCAACAUCGCUGUGGACAAACCGGGUCGUCGUCUCUACAACAUCCGUGGUCCGAUGCUGCAGGAGGCGGUUGCUGUUCUGCUGCAGAUAGACGCCGCCGAGGGCAACAAGGUCAUCACUGUCCGCUCGCCGCUGCAGAUAAAGAAUCACUUCUCGGUGCCGUUCACCAUCCUGAAGUACUGUCCGACAUCCAGGAGCCUGCAGAGCGUCGGGCAGGCCGAACCUGAGAGGGAGUUCCACAUCGCCCUGGAAACAUACAGAUGUCAGCUGUUUGUGCGUCCAGCGGGUUGUCUGGACGCUCGGUACGGUCCGUCAACCACCUGCGUGUCGUGGAAGGAGCAGGUGCACCGCAGCUCGGAGGUACGUUCGGUGCUGCAGUGUCCGGCGACCGACAGCGGCCUGCUGCCGCUGAUGGUCAGCACGCUGGCCGUCCCCGACGACCUGCGACACAUCACCAGCCACGGGGAGGAGGACUGGGACCCGGCCUACAUCAUCCACCUCCACCCGGUGGCCACGCUGCGCAACCUGCUGCCCUACACCGUCCGGUACAUGAUGGAGAGCUCAGCAGACUCCUAUGAGCUUCAGGAAGGCAGCACGUCGGACCUCCUGAACGCUCGCGUCUUGGGGGAGAUCAUGUCGUUGGUGCUGAUGAGGUAUCAGGGCCGUGACUGGCACGGCCACCUGCCAAUCGAGCAGGAAAUGCCCGAGUUCUUGGCCACGUGUCUUGUCUGCGACUCGGACCCCAACGCAACGGUGGACGUGAGCGUUCACGUGACGAGGACAGCGAGCCGCCUUGUGCUGUCGCUCUUCAGCCCGUACUGGAUCAUCAACAAGACGUCUCGAGUGCUGCAGUACCGAGCCGAGGACGUCAGCGUCAAGCACCCCGCAGACUACCGCGACAUCAUCCUGUUCUCCUUCAGGAAGAAGAACCUCUUCAGCAAGAGCAAGCUCCAGCUGUGCGUCUCCACCAGCUCCUGGUCGGACGGUUUCUCUCUGGACACGGUGGGAAGUUACGGCUGCGUUCGCUGUCCCGCCAACAACAUGGACUUCCUGGUGGGCGUUAGCAUCCAGAUGAGCAGCUUCAACAUCACCAGGAUCGUCACCAUGAGUCCGUUCCACACUCUGGUCAACAAGUCGUCGUACGAGCUGGAGGUGGGAGAAGUCACCAGCCAGACCUCCACCAGAUGGCACUACAUCUCCUCCACCGAGUGCCUCCCUCUGUGGCCGGAGAACAGCUCGGGGAAGUUGUGCGUCCGUGUGGUCGGAUCUGAAUCCACCUCCAAGUUCUUCUUCUUUAACCGGCAGGACAACGGCACCCUGCUGAGCCUCGACGUGUGCGGUGGGAUCAUUGUAGACGUCAACAUCUCUGAUCUCUCCACCAUCAUCAGCUUCAAUGAUUACUACGAAGGAGCAGCUCCAGCCCUGCUGCUCAACCACACACCCUGGGUCACCAUCAGCUACAGGCAGAGCGGCUCAGCGAUGGUUCACGAGCUGAAACCCGGCGAGGCUCGACGGUUUGCGUGGGACGACCCAGCGGGCCUCCGGACGCUCAUUUGGAGCUGCAUGGAAAAUUCUGGAGAGCUGGACCUGCUGAAGGACGAUGUAGGUCAGUUCUCCUACGACAGCAUGUCUCAGGUACACUGGGUUUCCUUCUUGGAUGGACGCCAGCGGGUGCUGCUGUUCACCGAGGACGUCGGCGUGGUGACGAAGGCUCGGCAGGCCGAGGAGCUCGAGCAGUUCCAACAGGAAGUGAAGCUGUCGCUGCAAAACCUCGGACUGUCGCUGAUCAACAACGCCAACCGGCAGGAGAUCGCUUACGUCGGCAUCACCAGCUCAGGUGUGGUUUGGGAGAUGAAGCCAAAGAACCGCUGGAAGCCAUUCAGUCAGAAGAACAUCAACCUGCUGGAGAAAACCUACCAGAGUCAUCUGAGCGGGAAGACGGAGGUGGGCUGGGUCAAACUGGAGACCAACCUGGAGGUCAACCUAAACGCAGCCGUCAUGAUGAUGCGUCAGCCGUGUUCCUGCCCCGUUAGGAGGAACUUCCUGUCUGGGAUCCAGGUGGAGUUCAAACAGUCGCCGCACCAGCGCAGCCUGAGAGCCCAGCUGCACUGGCUGCAGGUGGAUAACCAGCUGCCGGGUGCCAUCUUCCCCAUCGUCUUCCAUCCUGUUCCUCCUCCAAAAUCCAUCGCCUUGGACUCAGAGCCGAAGCCGUUCAUCGACGUGUCCAUCAUCACCAGGUUCAACGAGCACAGCAGCGUCAUGCAGUUCAAGUGAGUAACAACCACUGUUAGCCUUUCACCUGAACGUUUAGAACAGUGGUCCCCAAACUAAGGCCCGCGG